UUUUAGAAUCGGAGAUUGACCCCGUGGCGUGCGCAUGUGUGUUGUCUACUACCGGGUGAAUUCCAUUAGAACGAAGAAGAGCCUCUGUUUCUGAGUCGAGAAGAUCUUGUUUCAGUGCUUUAUUUUCUUUGUCUUAUUACUGGAGAGUGAUUUCUGCAUUCAUAUGAGGACUGUCAUUAUACCGGAAUGCAGUUAUCAAGAAAUGCUAGGUGACAGAUUCCUAUUUAUUAGAAAGAAUAUUGGCGAAGGAGUGCCGGUAAAGUUCUUCGACGGUAUGAGUCGUCAGUUUUUGUGUGAUUAGUCUGCUUCUCGACGUUUAGAUACGUAACCACCGCGAAACCAUUUGUUCCUUUGCCUGGAUUUGGAAUGGAGUCGGGCUAGAAGAUUUAUUUGCUUUACUUGUAAAAGUAAUAAUAGCAUUUUUAUUGAACACAUAGACCACUAUACAUUUUCUGCAUCGUCAGUAAACAUUGUAGGAACAUUUUGAAGGCCUGAUUAUGCUCAGGAAGUUGUUGGCGUUAAUCUAAAUUUCCUUUGAGGAAACAAAGAAGUGUCCAUAUUUUGUGCGUGUCGUACCGGUAACGUCCAGCCACACACAUGGAUGAUGCACUGUAUGAACUGCGCUCGCUAGCUGUGCAUUAGUCGGGCAACACACUGAGCUGACCUGCGUUCGUUGUUUAUUGUUUUAAACAAAGGGAUUGGACACUUUGUCUUUGCAGUUGUUGAGGCACUGCUUUUUAUUUGAGGGUUGCUACACAGCUGUAAUUCAGCCCUAUUUGUGUGUAUGUUCUCUCUGACUCUGAUUCCUGAAGAGGAGCAAGACUUCUUUCAAAAUGAUUCAGAAGAAACUUCCAUACGAAUCAAUGCUAGCGAUAGCAUUGAUGUUGAGUGUUCUUCGAUUGGAUUGGACAGGCUACUUAGGAGAAGAUAUUUUGGUUACUAACUCAAGAUUUCACGAUACAAUUGUGGGACCCAGUGUAGGGCUGACAGAAACACAAUUUCAUAAUUUAUAUAAUUCAGCUGGACAAACUCAUUCAAAAAAUAUUAUUACAGACUCAUUUUAUUAUAAUCGGUCAGUGUUUAGAGAACUUGAUUCACUCUAUGAAGGAAUUUCAUCUAUAACCAGCUCAAGAAGGAGAGUUGAAGUGACAACAUUUUUGCUAGAUCAAUUGGAGUCCAAUGAUCGAUCGAAUGGGCAAGUGAUGGUCGCACAACAACCCACAAACCCAACAAAUAACCAUGUCAACAACAAUAUGAAUAGUGGAAACCUUGAACAGCCCAUGCAUCAUGAUAGUGAAAGUGAUGAAGGUUUUGAAGAGAUGGAUACAGGAGUGGAAGGUGCUGUAGGGCAGUCUCAUUCUGUCUCCCCUACACCUUCAGAUGAGCUGAGUAUUGAGGACAUGGACUUGAUUGAAAGCCUAUGGAGACAGGAUAUUGAUAUGGGAGUUUGUCCUGAGACCUACCCUUACAAGACAGACCUCAAACCAGGCUUUACUGAGGACCUCAAGAAACAAGGCCUAGACCAAUGGGAUUACAACUACAACAUAGAUGGAGAGACAGGAGAGUAUGUUGCUGGUCCUCGACAAGACUUUGGAGAAGAAGUCCAACGAACAGUCCAACCUCAAGAGCCACUUCCUUGCUCUCAGCCCCAACAAGACGCACAGCCUCAGCAAGAUAGCAGUCUCUCAUUGGAAGACUGCUUACAGCUCUUAGAAGACGAGUAUUCACCAGACACAGCACAAACUGAACUUUCCCCUGGGCUUAGUCAGCAAGAAACAGAACAGCGAUGGCAUGACCUUGCCACUAUUCCGGAACUUCAAGGUAGUAUUCCUGAGCUACUGCCAACCACCCCUACUCUGAACAACACACAAGAAGGGUACUCCACUCCCCAACAGCUUUUUAUCCCACCAGUGGCUAAUGUCACUGGGAGUCUGGUUCCAGAGGUCACUGAACUGUCGCAACCUCAGCUGUUGAAUGAUGUCUUUGCUGUAAAUGCUUCCACCAAUGGGAUGGUGAGCUUGCAGAAUGCCACCCAGUCACAGCAGCAGCCGAUACUUUUGCCUCCCACACGCAACGACUCAUUUAACAACUUUCCAAACGUGGAUGCGCAGAGUCACUCUACAAAUGCCACUGCAAGUGCUCCUAAUGACAACAUGACAGACUACUUGAUGCAGACAUUGCAGCACCAGAUGAAUGCAGUGAAUGCCUCAGCACCUUUCCCUGCUGCCAACCUCAGUACAGCAGAAAACGGCAGCUCUCUCCUGAUGGAUCUCCUCAACUCACCAGGCUCAGCUCAUCCAAUCAAUCCAUUGGAUCUGGACUUUGAUGAACAGAUGCAUGAUGUCAUUGCUGCUCUUGGAGAAGACUCUGAGUCCCUGAGUAAUGAAGAAGAUAGCGAUGGAUCCCUGUUUGAAGCUGAGGGUGCAUCAGGCUACUCAUCUGGCUCAGAUGAAGACGACUACAAGGGUGCUGCUGGAGGAUAUGGUUUCUCAAGAGGUCAUGAGAGGCAGUACGGGAGUGAUUCCAGCAAUAACAGCUACAGUGGUCAACCCCCUAAGAUGGAGAAUGUGAAGCACAACCAUUCCUAUGCUGCUCCCUCACAGUCCCAGAUGCAGAAUGGCAAUGGUGCACAAAACAUAAGCUUCAAUGGGACAAACGGCAACUACAUGAAGUUAAACCGUGACGAGAAACGUGCCAAGGCCCUCAAACUUCCAGUCUGCCUUGAAAAGAUCAUCAACCUGCCAGUCGAUUCCUUCAACGACCUGGUCAAGAAAUACGAGCUCACAGAUCCCCAGAUGCAGCUCGUCCGUGACAUCAGGAGGCGUGGAAAAAACAAAGUUGCCGCUCAGAAUUGCCGUAAACGUAAAAUAGAUGCCAUCCAGAUCGUGGAGUCAACGGUUGGUGAGCUGAGGAUGGAAAGGGACAAGUUGGUCAAAGAGCGUGACAGCAUUGACAAAGAAGUCAAUGAGAUGCAGCAGAGGUAUGCAGAACUCUGUGAAGAAGUCUUUGCCUCGGUUCAGGAUGAGCAUGGUAGCCCAGUUGAUCCCAAUGACUAUAACGUACAACAGAUGCCUGAUGGUACUGUCUACCUUGUCCCUCGCAAUAGCAAUCAAAGAGACAGUGAUGAGCAGUCCAUGUAACUUUGAUUCCAGAAACUCUUUAAAAAAGCUGUAAUAUGCUGCUGAUUCCAAGCUUCAAAAUUUUUUUUUUGAUGACAUCUUUGUUGAAUUUCAUUUUCAAUUGUAGAUUAUGUUCCAUUAAUUUUUGUUAUGUUUACAACUUUAAUAGCCUAAGGAAUAAGGAUUCCUAAUUGCUGUGGCAUUAUAUUUUUCCAUAUACAGUGUACAUAUCCACAAGAGGCAUAGCACAAAAGACCUAAAUUACUUUACGUCCCAAUUUCUGUAGUGCUUAUUUCUGUAUACACUUCAUGACUUCAAUUUAUUUUACUGUCUACACCUUUCCUUUUUGCAUUCAUGUUAACUCUUCCAGCUGACAUUUUUCAAUGCAGAACUCAUUUGAUAAUCAGGUUAUUCUAACCACACGAGGAGAGUAAAGAGAAAUAUCUUUCAUUCUUCUUUGUAAAAAAAAUAAUCUAAUUUUUAUUUUACCUCAAGGCUUACAUUACUUGUAUAUGUAUGAUGGAUAUUUUUUUCCCUCAUUGCAGAAACCUGUGUCUUAUUUUUGUAAUGACUGUUACAUGUAUGAGUUGUCGCAUUACGCACAUUCUGCAAGUAUGAUUGCUUAGUGGAGUUAUGUGUUUGAUAGUCCAGUGUUUUCCUAGGGACAGCUGUAGCUAAUAGAGAGCAAGAUUCGUCGGCCUGGGAGGUAAUGGGACUAGUAAUGAUGGUUGUGCCUCUAACAAAUCACUUCUGACUUGAAUAUUAAUCAUUGCAAUAUAUCUUCUCACAGACGAACCAUUCAUUCGAUGGUCAAACAAGUCGGUGGUAUGAAGGCAUCAAUUCUCAAAAUCUUGAGAUCCUUUGUGAUUGAAUCUGAUAUCAUAUAUUGUUGAUUUCUAUCAAACCUUCAAAGGAGUAUUAUUUCAAAUUAGCCUUAUUACAUCUUGUAGAAAUUACUUCAAGAUGCAAACAAGUUUGACAAUUGAAUAUUAUCAUUUUUUAAAGUCCAUGUGACAGAAAGAAUACAUUCAAAGUCUAUAAUUUGUUCAAAGCAAAUGAAGUUACCCAAAUUUUAAUUUUGAUCUUACUUUGAUGGGCUUCUCUUCUGCUAGCUAAAUGUAUCAUAUAUAUUGUUGUGUUAACCCUUGUGAUGUAUAUAUUUGUAAAUAGCAAAAGAAAGAUUAUUAUGCAAUGGAGUUUUCCAAUAAUAGAUGGUGAUAUUUGACUGAAAAGAGAGGAAAAGAAUUAUUUAUGACUUCAAUUGUUCAGUAGCGGAAGGAGUAAAAAUAUUCAUGUGGGAUGAUCACAGCAAUUUUGUUUUGUUACGUUUUUGGGUUUAUUUUUGUUCUUGUUGAUAUAUGGUGGAAAUCUUACCCACUGACUUUUUUAAUCUAUGCGUACAUGGGUAACAUACUCAUGAAAUAUAGUUCAAAUGAUAUUCUUGUACUUGUGGUGAUGGACAUGUCAGUGUUCCUGACAGAAAAACUAGGGAAAGUGUAAAUUUUGUUUUGAGUGUACUCGUAGACUUUGUCCGUCUCUAAACUUAACUUUUUUUUUCCAGCUCAACAGUAGAUAGAUACUGUACAUACAAUAUGUUAUAACAGGAUUCAAUAUCUUUGAAUUUGUAGAGAGUAAGGCUCUCUUGCAUUUUGUUUUGCAGAUUUUCAUCUUUAUAAGCUCCAUUAGAACAUUAAGAUUGUAAUACCUAGUGGGUUAGUUUUACAUUCACAUGUAUGUACUUCUUAUGCUUUUUAUUUGUAGAACCAUUAAACAGAUUUUGUAUUGUUCACUUUAAAAAAACAACUUCAUUUGUAUCCACAGAAGAGAUAUCGCAUGAACGAUCGUUUUUUGUUGAAUAAGAUAUUUUAUUAGCAAGAGAGGUGUUGAUAACAUGUACCUUAAAAUUCCUGCUAUUGUUGUACAUAUACAUAUUGAUUAUUGCAGAGAAAGAGAAAACUAAUAAAACAUGAUAAAAAUAAA